CGGUGUUUACUAAAUAAAGCACUUUCAUUUUGUUUAUUGCGUUGUGUAGGACAAGGUCGCGCGUCAGACGUGUUCAUGUUAAAAUUACUUUAGCGAUUUGCGGCAGUUCUACACAUCUUGUCAUCAUGGAUAUGCUUUACGGAAUUAGUAAUGCAGUCGCUUCGCUGCUUCCCAAACAGAGUGUUGUUGCUGAACAGGUGAAAGAAGUAAUGUUAUCAAAUGCUCCUGGAACUAAUUUUGUUCGGUUGGCCGGCAUCUCUGGUGCUUUAGCUGUCGGGAUGGCGGCUAUCGGGGCACAUGUUAUACAUGCAAAGAGUAAAAAUACAGAAUUAAAACAAGUCUUUGACACAGGAAACAGUAUACAUCUGCUUCAUUCAGUGGCUUUGUUGACUGUACCUUUAACAAGAAGACCUAAUCUUACUGGUUACUUGCUCACAACUGGAAUGUUGCUGUUUUCAGGCACUUGUUACUACCAUGCAUUAACUGAUGAUAAAAGACUGCGGAUAUUCACACCCUAUGGUGGAAUGUUUCUUAUUCUGGGUUGGAUUAUCAUAGCAGUCUAAUUAAAAAAUUGACUAUUAGAGAAAAUAAUCCCUAGUAUUCAAAGAGAACUGUAAAAGUCAAUUCUGUGAAAAAAAAAAAAAACGAAAUGAGAUAUGCUGAACAGUAUGAAUAAAAAUAAAUUUGAUGUUUUAGGUGUUGUCUUU